AUGACGGUCUACUCUUUUUACAUCUUUGACCGCCACACGGAAUGUGUCUUCACCAAGAAUUGGCUCCCGCCCUCCCAGCAGGCUGCCCUGCCAGCCUCGGCCUCGGCAGCAGCAGCAGUCGCAGCCACAUCGACCUCUGACACGCGGCCCUCCACCGCCGUCAACGGCGUGCCCACGACAGCACCACCGGCAGUAGCACCAGCACCCGCGACGGCGGCAGCGGCAAAGACCAAGAGCACCCGUGCCCAGAACGACGCCAAGCUCAUCUUCGGCACCGUCUUCAGCCUGCGCAACAUGGUCCGCAAGCUGGGCGGCGACGACGACGCCUUCAUCUCCUACCGCACCGGCCAGUACCGCAUGCACUACUACGAGACCCCGACCAACCUGCGCUUCGUCCUGCUGACCGACACCGCCACCAUGAGCAUGCGCAACGUCCUGCACCAGAUAUAUAUCAACCUCUGGGUCGAGUACGUGGUCAAGAACCCCCUCGCCCCCGUCGAGCACAAGGGCGGCGCCGGCAUCACCAACGAGUUGUUUGAGAUUGGUCUCGACCAGUUCAUCAGGGGCCUCCAAUGA